GGUAGUUCGCUUCCUCAGACAACUAACAGUUGAGUCGUGUAGGGCAUGAGCUGGGAGAGAGAGAGAGAGAGAGAGGUGGGUAUCCUGUAGCGAUGGCAUCAGCGUCGAGAGUGACAGCGGUUCGAGCCGCAUUCCGGACGUUGAUCAGAGCGCAGCGAGUGGCCUUCGCGAACGAUGAGCUUGCGCAGAGGCUAGCCUUGCGGGAGAUCCGGUCGGGAUUUGAGAAAAGCCGCCACGUGGCAGACGUACAGGUGGUCGACAGACUCCUCGCAGAAGCUAACGAGGCGGCGGACUUCAUUAGAACACAACUGGUCCAGGUGAAGAUGAACGAGAGAGGCAACUUCGAGAUGGAUGUGGAUGGCACGGGAAAGGGAGGCGCCGUUGUGGCCGAACCAAUCACGCCAUCGCUCGUGAAGGCUAUCUCCUCGGAAGUGGAGAAGGAGAAUCAACCCUAACAAGGAAGGAAGGAGAGGGAGGUGAUGGAGCUCACGGAUAAGCGAGAGUGCUUUCGCUUAUCCGUGUGUGUGUGUUUGUGUCUGUGUGUUGAGAGAGAGAGAGAGAGAGAGAGAGAGAGAGAGAGAGAGAGAGAGAGAGAGAGAGAGAGAGAUUUUUCUCUGGAGGUAUAUAUAAGGUAUAUUGCUUUAGUUGUGAGGAAAUUCAGUUGAAAAGAUCGUAGCGUUAGCAUGUAUGUUAGUUAGCCUUUUUGUUUUUUUUGGUGGUAGUUAGCCUUUUUUUUUUUUGUCUCAGCGUUAGUGGAAGCAGAAGCAGAAGCAGAAGCAGAAAAGAACACAUAAUUUCUAAGAAGACGGUUUGCCAUUCAGCGAAUUCACCAUUCAUGAUGGAAAUCAAUUGUUGUUUCAGUAAUUUAGGUCCGAAAAUUAUUGUUUUAAAACUUUUAAUAAAAUUUUAUCCCCGAA